UUCCCCCCUCAAAUUUCGUUUCAUUUUCACUUGUCCAAAGCUCUGUACUGAGAAAAACCAAAAUCUUUCCUUCCAUUUUCCUUUCAGUCCUUUUAUUUUUUCUCUCACAUAUGCUUGCCAUGGAGAAUAUUGAGAAUAUUGGUGAUGAAUACAAAAAUUAUUGGGAGACGAAAUAUUUCCUUGAAAAUGAAGAAUAUAGUUGGCCAAUUGAUGAGUUCUCCGGUUACUAUGAUUCGAGUUCUCCUGACGGAGCAGCUUCUUCCGUUGCUGCUAAGAACAUCGUCUCUGAGAGAAACCGACGGAAAAAGCUUAAUGAACGCCUCUUUGCUCUUAGAGCUGUUGUUCCAAACAUCAGCAAAAUGGACAAGGCUUCGAUAAUUAAGGACGCCAUUGAUUACAUCCAAGAAUUGCACGAUCAAGAGGGUAGAAUCCAGGCCGAGAUCAGCGAGUUAGAAUCGGGAAAACUGAAGAAAAAUCCAGGUUUCGAAUAUGAUCAAGAGUUACCAGGGCUGAGAUCUAAGAAGACUAAACUCGAUAACAUUUUUGAUUAUGGUGGAUCAAGAGCUUGCCCUAUUGAAGUGCUUGAACUGAAAGUGACGCACAUGGGAGAAAGGACAAUGGUGGUGAGUAUAACCUGCAGCAAAAAGACGGACACGAUGGUUAGACUAUGCGAGGUAUUUGAAUCAUUGAAGCUUAAAAUUAUUACGGCCAACAUCACGGCGGUCUCCGGUAAACUGUUGAAAACCGUGUUUGUUGAGGCUGAUGAAAGGGAGAAGGAUGAGUUAAAGGUGCAGAUUGAAACAGCCAUUGCAGCACUGAACGAUCCACAAAGUCCAAUGAGUAUGUGAGCUAAUGAUAACAAUAACAAUAAUAAUAAAUCUGUCAAAUUUACCUCAUUUUCAUCAUGCUCCUUUUUCCUUCCUUCUUCGUCCUAAGUAGAGUCUUUAGUUUUCGGCAGUCUUUAUGUUUGAAAUCUCUACGUCCCUUAGUCCCAUCAUCAUCAUCUUGUAAAAUAAGUGUAUGCUUCCAUGUCCUGUGUUUGAAAUUUCAAUAGAAUAACAUUUCUCCCCUUAAUUCA